AUGCAAGGUGGUAUUAGAAGAAAGAAAGACUUAUUGCCAAGGUAUAAAAAAUCUGGUAAUUAUGACAACAGACAAAUAAAUAGUAAAUAUUCAAGAUCGUUUAAAAUUAUUAUCGGCUAUUUAAGUUUAUUAAUUUUAGCUUAUUUGAUUCUUAAUGUAGCAUUUAAAGAUUUCAAUAAAUCAACAAAUUUCGAAUUGGAUACUCAACCAAAUGAUUCAGGGACAGUACCAAAGGAUAAACAAUUUCAUAAUGAAGUCGCUAAACAACAAGAAGUUGAAAAUUUGAAAGAGGAUACAAAUCUUAUAUAA